GAGCAUGGCGGACCGCAGCCUGGAAGGCAUGUCUUUGCCUCUGGAGGUGAGAGCCCGCUUGGCUGAGCUGGAGCUGGAACUAUCAGAAGGUGAUAUCACACAAAAAGGAUAUGAAAAGAAGAGGUCAAAAUUAAUUGGCGCCUACCUGCCACAACCUCCAAGAGUGGAUCAAGCUUUGCCUCAAGAACGUCGAACUCCUGUUACUCCUUCUUCAUCUUCUCGCUAUCACCGCCGAAGGUCCUCAGGGUCACGAGAUGAACGCUAUCGGUCGGAUGUUCAUACUGAAGCUGUUCAGGCAGCUCUCGCUAAACACAAAGAAAGAAAGAUGGCAGUGCCUAUGCCUUCCAAGCGCAGAUCCUUGGUUGUGCAGACCUCGAUGGAUGCCUACACACCUCCAGAUACCUCUUCUGGUUCAGAAGAUGAAGGCUCAGUACAGGGUGAUUCCCAGGGAACCCCCACCUCCAGUCAAGGCAGCAUCAAUAUGGAGCACUGGAUCAGCCAAGCCAUCCAUGGCUCUACCACAUCCACGACAUCCUCCUCCUCCACACAAAGUGGCGGGAGUGGUGCAGCUCACAGGCUGGCUGAUGUCAUGGCUCAGACACACAUAGAAAAUCAUUCUGCACCUCCUGAUGUAACCACUUACACCUCAGAACAUUCAAUACAAGUGGAAAGACCACAAGGCUCAACAACAUCAAGAACAGCACCAAAGUAUGGCAACGCCGAACUCAUGGAGACUGGGGACGGAGUACCAGUAAGUAGCCGAGUAUCAGCAAAAAUUCAACAACUUGUCAAUACCCUCAAAAGGCCUAAACGACCACCAUUAAGAGAAUUCUUUGUUGAUGACUUUGAAGAAUUGUUAGAAGUUCAGCAACCAGAUCCGAACCAACCAAAGCCAGAGGGAGCCCAGAUGUUGGCCAUGCGUGGAGAGCAGCUGGGUGUGGUGACCAACUGGCCACCAUCUCUGGAAGCUGCGUUACAGCGAUGGGGGACCAUUUCACCCAAGGCACCCUGUUUAACCACUAUGGACACCAAUGGAAAACCACUGUAUAUCCUAACUUAUGGCAAGCUGUGGACAAGAAGUAUGAAGGUUGCUUACAACAUUCUACAUAAAUUAGGUACAAAACAAGAACCUAUGGUGCGACCUGGAGAUAGGGUAGCACUGGUAUUUCCUAACAACGACCCUGCUGCUUUCAUGGUAGCAUUUUACGGCUGCUUACUUGCUGAAGUUGUUCCUGUCCCCAUUGAAGUGCCACUUACAAGAAAGGAUGCAGGAAGCCAACAAAUAGGUUUCUUGCUUGGGAGCUGUGGAGUUACUGUAGCCUUGACUAGUGAUGCUUGCCAUAAAGGACUACCAAAAAGCCCAACAGGAGAAAUACCACAGUUUAAAGGUUGGCCAAAGCUAUUAUGGUUUGUCACAGAGUCUAAACAUCUCUCUAAACCUCCUCGAGAUUGGUUCCCUCAUAUUAAGGAUGCAAAUAAUGACACUGCUUAUAUUGAGUAUAAAACGUGUAAGGAUGGAAGUGUACUUGGGGUGACUGUGACAAGAAUUGCACUACUAACCCACUGCCAAGCCCUUACACAAGCUUGUGGCUACACAGAAGCUGAAACAAUUGUGAAUGUAUUAGAUUUCAAGAAGGAUGUUGGUCUCUGGCAUGGGAUUUUGACAAGUGUCAUGAACAUGAUGCAUGUAAUCAGCAUCCCGUACUCUUUAAUGAAAGUGAACCCUCUGUCCUGGAUACAGAAGGUCUGCCAGUACAAAGCAAAAGUGGCUUGUGUAAAAUCAAGGGACAUGCAUUGGGCGUUAGUAGCUCACAGAGAUCAAAGAGACAUCAAUCUCUCUUCUCUCCGAAUGUUAAUAGUGGCUGAUGGAGCAAAUCCCUGGUCUAUUUCAUCUUGUGAUGCAUUUCUCAAUGUCUUCCAAAGUAAAGGCCUGCGGCAGGAGGUCAUUUGUCCUUGUGCUAGCUCACCAGAGGCUCUCACCGUGGCCAUCCGAAGGCCAACAGAUGACAGCAACCAGCCUCCAGGCCGGGGUGUUCUCUCCAUGCAUGGGCUAACCUAUGGUGUCAUCCGGGUGGACUCAGAAGAGAAGCUGUCUGUCCUCACUGUACAGGAUGUUGGCCUGGUGAUGCCUGGAGCCAUCAUGUGUUCAGUGAAGCCAGAUGGAAUUCCUCAACUGUGUAGAACAGAUGAAAUUGGAGAGCUCUGUGUGUGUGCCAUUGCUACAGGUACAUCCUAUUAUGGCCUCUCAGGCAUGACCAAGAACACCUUUGAGGUUUUUCCUAUGACAAGUUCAGGGGCUCCAAUCAGUGAAUAUCCUUUUAUAAGGACAGGCUUGCUGGGAUUUAUUGGUCCUGGAGGACUUGUCUUUGUGGUGGGUAAAAUGGAUGGUCUGAUGGUGGUCAGUGGACGAAGACACAAUGCCGAUGACAUUGUGGCAACAGCAUUGGCAGUGGAACCAAUGAAAUUUGUCUACAGAGGCAGAAUAGCUGUGUUUUCAGUGACUGUCCUUCAUGAUGAAAGGAUAGUCAUUGUUGCCGAGCAGAGACCAGACUCCACGGAGGAAGAUAGCUUUCAGUGGAUGAGCAGAGUUCUACAGGCAAUUGAUAGUAUACAUCAGGUUGGAGUCUAUUGCCUGGCCUUGGUUCCAGCAAAUACCCUUCCCAAAACCCCCCUUGGUGGAAUACAUUUGUCAGAAACUAAGCAGCUUUUCCUGGAAGGUUCACUUCAUCCCUGCAAUGUCUUGAUGUGUCCACAUACUUGCGUCACAAACUUACCUAAACCUAGACAAAAACAACCAGAAAUUGGUCCUGCCUCUGUGAUGGUAGGGAACCUUGUCUCUGGGAAGAGAAUUGCCCAAGCUAGUGGCAGAGAUCUUGGUCAGAUAGAAGACAAUGACCAGGCCCGGAAGUUCCUGUUUCUCUCAGAAGUUUUGCAGUGGAGAGCUCAAACCACUCCUGACCAUGUCCUCUAUACUCUGCUAAACUGUAGGGGUACUAUAGCGAACUCAUUGACUUGUGUGCAGCUUCAUAAACGAGCAGAGAAGAUAGCUGUGAUGCUGAUGGAAAGAGGGCACUUGCAAGAUGGAGAUCACGUUGCUUUAGUCUACCCACCAGGAAUUGACCUGAUUGCAGCAUUUUAUGGGUGCCUGUAUGCAGGCUGUGUGCCAAUAACAGUCCGCCCUCCACAUCCACAGAACAUUGCAACAACAUUGCCUACUGUAAAGAUGAUUGUGGAGGUGAGUCGAUCAGCCUGUUUGAUGACAACACAACUAAUAUGUAAAUUGUUACGGUCCAGAGAGGCAGCAGCAGCUGUAGAUGUCAGGACAUGGCCCCCCAUACUGGACACAGAUGAUUUGCCAAAGAAGCGGCCUGCCCAGAUCUACAAGCCUUCUAACCCAGAUACACUAGCUUAUCUUGAUUUUAGUGUAUCCACAACUGGGAUGCUAGCUGGAGUAAAGAUGUCUCAUGCAGCCACCAGUGCCUUUUGCCGUUCUAUUAAGUUGCAGUGUGAGCUUUAUCCCUCUAGAGAAGUGGCUAUCUGUUUGGACCCUUACUGUGGACUUGGAUUUGUCCUCUGGUGCCUCUGCAGUGUUUACUCAGGACACCAGUCCAUUCUGAUCCCGCCUUCAGAGUUAGAAACCAACCCUGCUUUGUGGCUUCUUGCUGUGAGUCAGUAUAAAGUCCGGGAUACAUUUUGCUCCUAUUCUGUGAUGGAGCUUUGUACCAAGGGGCUGGGCUCACAAACAGAAUCACUCAAGGCAAGAGGGCUAGACUUGUCUCGUGUACGGACAUGUGUAGUUGUGGCGGAAGAGCGGCCUCGGAUAGCACUCACACAAUCAUUUUCUAAAUUGUUUAAAGACCUGGGCCUCCAUCCACGGGCUGUUAGCACCUCAUUCGGCUGUAGAGUGAACCUGGCAAUUUGCUUACAGGGGACCUCUGGACCUGACCCAACCACUGUGUAUGUUGAUAUGAGAGCCCUGAGACAUGACAGAGUCCGCUUAGUAGAAAGAGGAUCUCCUCAUAGUUUGCCCCUAAUGGAAUCGGGAAAAAUACUUCCAGGCGUCCGGAUCAUAAUUGCUAAUCCAGAAACAAAAGGACCUUUGGGCGACUCACAUCUUGGUGAGAUUUGGGUUCACAGUGCUCACAACGCCAGUGGUUAUUUUACAAUUUAUGGAGAUGAAUCCCUCCAGUCAGAUCACUUCAACUCAAGAUUAAGUUUUGGAGACACCCAGACAAUCUGGGCACGGACAGGCUACUUGGGGUUCCUGCGGAGAACUGAGCUUACAGAUGCAAACGGAGAGCGCCACGAUGCCCUCUAUGUUGUGGGUGCGCUAGAUGAAGCCAUGGAGUUGCGAGGAAUGAGAUAUCACCCAAUAGACAUCGAGACCUCUGUCAUCAGAGCCCAUAAAAGUGUUACAGAAUGUGCUGUGUUUACCUGGACAAAUUUGUUGGUGGUUGUCGUUGAGCUUGAUGGGUCAGAACAAGAAGCCUUGGACCUUGUUCCUUUAGUGACCAAUGUGGUUCUGGAGGAACACUAUCUGAUUGUAGGAGUGGUGGUUGUGGUGGACAUCGGUGUCAUUCCUAUCAACUCCCGUGGAGAGAAACAGCGUAUGCACCUACGAGACGGAUUCUUGGCUGACCAACUAGAUCCCAUCUACGUGGCCUACAACAUGUAGUCUUGUCCCUUUCGCUUCCAUGGACUUUUCUAGAGAUGUAAACAUUAUUCUCAGUGUCCACUAAAAUUGUGCAGAUACGAGGGCAACAUUCACCAGAAUGGAACCUUUUGUCAUUGUGAUGGUGAUGAUGAUGACAACUUUUCACAGCAGUGAUGAUUGGCAUGGAAAUGAAAUGUGAAUUGUGAAUUUACCACUAAAUUUAGCUCAGAAGGACUUCGGGAUUACUGCCUUCAGUUUGUUGGAAAAGCCCAUUUCAAAAACUUUUUUUUCUUUCUUUCUUUUUUUUUUUAAAUUACUGAAUAAUAAGUGCUUUCUUCGUAAAUGUGGCAUUGUAUUUUGUUAAGCCGAAAUAGCAAUUAAAUAUUCUGCCCUCCA